CCGAGCACCCUCCUCCUCCCCCGCGGCCAGGCGGGGGCUGCCCGCGGCGCCGGGGCCACACAAAGCGGCGAGCGGCGGUGCCUCCGCGCCGCCCGUCCGGCGACAGCCGCGCCACGCCGCGCCGGCCAUGGAGCCGCCCGUGCCCCCUCAGGAGCAGCCGCCGCGCCCGCGCUCGCACACCGUCACCACCACCAGCAGCUCCUUCACCGCCAACCUGUCGGCCAGCUCCAGCACCCUCGCCUACGACAGGGAGUUCCUGCGCACCGUGCCCGGGCUCCUCAUGGUGACCGAGAUUGUGUUGGGGCUGCUGGUGUGGACCCUGAUCGCUGGAACAGAAUACUUUCUCUAUCCAGCCUUCGGCUGGGUGAUGUUUGUAGCUGUGUUUUACUGGGUUCUCACCGUCUUCUUUCUGAUCAUCUACAUGACAAUGACCUACACCAGGAUCCCGCAGGUGCCAUGGACCAUGGUGGGUCUGUGUUUUAAUGGAAGUGCCUUUGUUUUGUAUCUCAUUGCUGCCAUUGUAGAUGCAUCUUCAGUUACCAAAGACCUGGACAACCACAAUUACAACAGCUGGGCAGCUUCUUCAUUCUUUGCCUUCGUGGUUACCUCCUGCUAUGCUGGAAAUACGUAUUUUAGCUUUAUAUCCUGGCGAUCACGAACUUUGCAGUAAAUACUUUGUUAAAGUGAAUUCUGUUGUGUAAAGUACCUUGAGGAUUAUUCACUUUUGAUAAAAGCUUGGAAGAGGUAUUUUUGAACAUUUCUCCUAGAAUUGACACUAUAUAAACUGAGAUCCAUUGAUUAUUUAUAAUAAUGCCAUCUUUAGAGACAUUUUUAACCUGACUUUGUACUAUACAAUAAAAUUUCAUACUGCUUCUUUUACAAUUAACACAGUAUUUUUCUAGACAUUGUAUAGUUGUUACUACUAGAUCUUUAAAAAAAUCUUACUCAAUGUGCCACAUAUGUUAAUGUAACUUUUUAAAUGUUACAGUUAUACUUUUGAUACUGAAGGCUACCAAAACUAAGAUUGAUAUUGUAUCAUUAUUAUGUAUGAAAAAGUGACAUUGUGCAGAAAAAAAAAACCCCACCUGAAAGUUUAAAAAAUAAAUAAAUAAAUGAUCCAAUUGUACAUGUUUUGUAAACCG